AGGAUAAACUUCCUAAAUAUCCUAAAUUGAUAAUAACAAUAGCAAUAUAACUUACAGCCCUUCAAUCUGAAACUUAUCAUCUACCAGUACCUAGGUACAUAUACUACACAUACUUCUCCAACAUCCUAUUUUGUGGUUCGAAUCUAUAUUCUCCAUUUGAAAGACACAAACAAAGAUCGAUACAUUUUAUACCCAUAAUAAUUCCAUUUAUUCUAUUUCAAACAACAAAACAAUGGCUUGGGGAUCUUCAUCAAAGUCCCCUCCACCACCCCGCUCUGCUUUAAGCAAGUUGCUCCCUCUCCUCAUCUUCCUCGUCAUCGUCGGCGCAUUCGCAUUCGUCGGCUACCAAGUCUACCUCGUCACGCAACAAGUCUCGAAAUCUGCCUCGGACAAAAUGGCGUCCAAGAAUGUUUCGUUUACCAAAGACGGCGUCAAAGUUGGAGUGAAAGAGUUGAAAAAUGAAAAUUAUGUGGAUAAAACCCAAGGCUUCUUGGUCAAGGCUUGGAAUCUAAGUACAUGGCCUGCGUAUCAAUCAAGAUUGGGUUGGAAUGGUCCCAAAGAUAAUGGAAAUGGUGGGAAAGUAGAAUCUAGGAAACCGUAUUCUCGCUCCUCGUCCAACAGAUAAAUCAAACCCUCUCUGGCGCAAAUCUCGCUAAUUCCUCAAAUCUAUUUCUUCACAUUUUGUAUUACUGUACUCUUUUUCAAUUUACUCAUUGCCAGAUUCUCUCUGAAUCAAGCCAGACGGUAUCCUCUAAAGUGAGGACAAUGCAGCCAAUAGUCUUUUCGCUGCGGAAAGCAUGAAGUCUUGGGCAAAGAUCGAUGAAUGGGACAUUCAACGAUACUUUUAUAUUACAGAUCUACCAUACUCGCUCAUCAUCCAACCCCGAUCGCCGGGCUGGAUUGAAAAAGGAGAGGUCAUCUGAAGCCCCAGACCACCAUUACUUGUAAUUGCGCAAGCAUUGGAUUUAUGGAACAGAUGGGCGUUGAUCAGAUAUUUCCAUUCUCAUUUUCAUAGAGCUUCUCAAUACCUAUCUGGCAUUUCAUUUCUUCCAGCCCUCUUCAUCGGUUCAUGAAUACUGGUUUUACGACGACACAUAUAUGAGCAACUCCUAAGUUACGUUAUCUCAGAUCUCUAACUUCAUGGAGCCUCUUCAUAGAAGAGUCAUGAUACUAGAUAUAUAGCAAAGCUAUACAAAUCCCAUACUCAUUCUGACAUCAAAAUCUCACACCCUCCUCGUCUCCUCGUGUAAACUUUGAGAAGUGAAUAUGAAUAGAGCUUCUUCAACGCAAUAUCAUCCGUAAAGAGUACCCAAAUU